ACAUGCAGCCUAUCCCGCAUCGUCUGCCCGCACCGAAAUUCCAUGUGUGACUUCACUGAACGCCACCAUGGGCAAAAGGGGCCCCGGGACCACUUCGGUGUCAGCGCGCUCACGCAGCCGAGGACGCAGCCUCUGGUGUCCAGAUGAGAAGGCGCGGCGGCGGUGGAUUCCCCAAGGACGCAUCACAGUUGUGAAACACUAUGAAGGCAGAAGGUGCAGCAUCUGAAGCUCUCCGGGCGCCGCACUGAGAGCCAUGGAUCACUUUUUCCGGAGGAAGCGGGUCGGUCUGCUGAAGCCGCUGCUGAGUCUGUCUCUGGUCUUUGCGUCUUUUCUGAUGAUCCACAAGCUGAAGCUGGCGGAGAAGGACGGGGUGGGGGGUAAACACACGAGGGAGCCCGGCUGGUGCGGCUCCGAGUGCUUUUCAUUUAAGAAGGGGGUCGUGAAAACCAGUUUAGGGAGCUCGGACUCUUCGGUGCUCAACAACGAUUUGGAUGCGCAACGGGUUUCCAACGGGACUCCGGCUUCCUGGGAUGCGCAGGUUCUGAACUGCAGCGAGGACGCGUCGGUGAGGAGCCAGGACUGGUUCCGGCGCCUGGACCCGAGAUUUCACCAGUUCGUGCUGCACAGACACUGCAGGUACUUCCCCAUGCUCAUCAACCACCCGGAGAAAUGCACGGACGGAGAGGUGCACCUCCUCAUGGUGGUCAAGUCCGUCAUUGAGCAGCAUGACCGGCGCGAGGCCGUGCGUAAAACCUGGGGGAAGGAGCACACAGUGGAUGGGAAGAGAAUCAAAACGCUGUUUCUUCUGGGAAGCCCGACGACCGGGAAAGACACUAAGAACCUCCAGAAACUGAUCGAGUACGAGGACCGGAUCUACGGGGACAUCCUGCAGUGGGACUUCAUGGACACCUUCUUCAACCUGACCCUGAAGGAGGUCAACUUCCUCAAGUGGUUCGACAUCUACUGCUCCGGGGUCCGCUUCAUCUUCAAGGGAGACGAUGAUGUUUUCGUGAACACGCACAACCUGCUGGAGCUGAUCGGCUUCAAAGUGGAGGAGCGCAAGUACGCCGAGUUGUUUGUGGGGGACACCAUCUCCAAGGCGAUCCCGAUCCGAAACCGCCAGAGCAAAUACUACAUCCCCAAAGAGCUGUACGAUAAACCUUACCCCCCCUACGUGGGCGGCGGGGGGUUUCUGAUGUCCUCCCCGCUGGCCAGGAGGCUCUUCGUGGUCUCGGAGGACCUGGAGUUGUACCCCAUCGACGACGUGUUUCUGGGGAUGUGCCUACAGAAGCUCCACCUGGCCCCAGAGCUUCACCCGGGCUUCAGGACCUUCGGCAUCACCCGGCGCAGGGUGAGCCCCAUGAACAGCGAGCCCUGCUUUUACAAAAACCUCAUAGUGGUGCACAAGCUCAGCGCGCACGAGCUGCUCCGGAUGUGGAGCGUGGUGCACAACGAGGAGCUGGUGUGCGCGCAAAGGACCUCCAUAUGAUAUUAGUAGUCUUUAUGAAAUGACCAAAGCUGAACUGAUACGGUCUGUGUUGAUCAUGUAUUGAUCACGUAUUGAUCAUGAUGAUAGU